CUUGACCUCGUGAUCCGCCCGCCUCGGCCUCCCACAGUGCUGGGAUUACAGGCUUGAGCCCCCGCGCCCGGCCUCCCCAACCCUUCUUAACAUAUUCCAUUUGUAUUUGUGAGUUUCCCCUGUGCACACAGUGGCAGGGGGCCUGGGCCGGGCCGGGAUGUGGGAGCCAUCUCAGCUCAGCCCCUGCAGCAGGGAUCGCGAGGGGGUGGCUCUGAGGCUGACGGUCCCCAGGGCAGGGUGCAGGGAGGAGGGACUCCCCCAGUUAAUUGUUACACAGGUCCAGAGUCUGGCCUCCCGGAGGGGGAGCGAUGGGGCAGGAGCUGGCAGGGGAGGGCAGGAUGCCCAACCAGGUGUUGCCAGGGGCGGGCCCUGCUCCCGGGUCUCUGGCAUCCCCCGCCCCGGACCGCCCGCGCCUUAUCUCGGGGCGGCAGGGCCUCACCCACACCAAACCUGUGGAGGUCGACCCGGGACGCCGCUGGCUGGCUGAUGGCUCGCUCGACCGUCAUGGAGAUCCUGGGGUCCCUUCUGGUGCUGGAGUUUCUGCUCCUCUCCCCGGCAGAGGCCCAGCAGACCACGGAGCGUCGCCUGAAGCCGUGGCUCGUGGGCCUGGCCGCGGUGGUCGGCUUCCUGUUCAUCGUCUAUGUGGUCCUGUUGGCCAACCGCGUCUGGUGCUCCAAAGUCAGGGCUGAGGAUGAGGAGGAGGUCACAUUCAGAACAGAGUCCAACAUAUACCAGGACCUGAGUGAAGACAAGAGUGAGAAGAAGGAUGCCAAGGAGAAAGAAGAGAAGAAGAAGAAGGAGAAAAAGGCAGCCAAGGAAGGAGAGAGCAACUUGGGGCUGGAGCUGGAGGAAAAAGAGCCCCAAGACCACGAGAGAGCAAAGAACACAGCCAUGUAGAUUCCUGGCUGCUUCUUCCAGGCAGUCCCCCAGAGAUGCCUCUUCUGCCCCCUGCAAGCAACGCCCUGGCGUUGAAGCCAGUGAAAGGACUCCAUCUGGGAUUCAGAAUGCAGUGUUCUCAAGUGAAGGAGGCUUGGAUCCCACCCUACCUCCUUCCAUGGGGGCUCUCCGGGCAUCACGUGGUUUUCAUGCACCCCUCUUCCUGAGCUUAGUCCCUGCCUGGUGAUUCUUCCGAUGCUUGGAGAACAUCCCUGGUUGAGGAGACACCUGCAAUCCUCCGCAAUCUCAUGGCUCCACCUGCUUCUACCCACUGCCUGAUUUCUCUUCUCUCUGCCUGAUGUCUGCUGGCCAGAACUUCCCCUCUCCCAUGCAGCCGCUGUCCGUCAAGGGCUGCCUCCUGAUGGCCUGGAUUAAAGAAUUCCUAAGAGCCCUUUGGAAGGGCUCCUGUCAUCUCUUGGGACUCAGUUUACCUCUGGGGAAGGAGGCUGCUUUUGGGGCUGGAGGUGAUGGCUGGGCGGAUGAUAUGGGUGCUCAGGCUGCGCAGGUGCCCAGAUGCCCUGGGCAGAUUAAACACUCCCCCGCCAAUCUG